AUGGCCUACGAACCAGAUCCUUUACGCAUUACGACCAUGAAUUGCCGGGGCCUCAAUAUUCCGGAGCGUAGGUCACAGCUCAUACGGGAUCUAUCCUCUAGACACAUAUCCGUUGCCUUCCUCCAGGAAACGCAUUUUAAGGAAGGAAAUGCCCCGCUGCUGAAAGGCAAAAACUACCCCAACGCGCUCUGUAGCAACCACCCGACCGCCCGCAAGGCAGGGGUGGCGAUCCUCCUCCAUGCUAAGCUACAGUUCCAAGAAAAUGACCGAAUGUCCGACCCUAAUGGCAGAUAUAUAUUCCUCAAAGGAGAUAUACAAGACCGUAGGUAUACAUUCGCGACGAUCUAUGUGCCAAAUAAUAAUCAAUCGCACUAUAUCCGCAAAACCCUUCUCAAACUUUCCUCAUUCACGGAGGGCACACUGAUCUUAGGUGGAGACCUUAACGUACCCCUCAUCCCCCUAACGGACUCAUCCACUGGACACAGCAGCGUUGCCCAGGGAGCCCUCCGCAGCAUACAGAAGUCACUUAAGAACCUUCGACUAGUAGACUGCUGGCGCGCUAUGCACCCAGCGGACAGGGAGUACACCCAUUACUCCAGGAUACAUAGGCGAUAUGCGAGAAUUGACUAUAUCUUCCUACAACAAGAGCAACUUAACGCAAUCCAGAGAGUUGAAAUUGGACCUGCAAGCUGGUCGGACCACGGACCGGUGACUCUACAAAUGGACUCUCCUCGGAUACGCCCAUCCACCUGGACGUGGAGGCUCCGAGACUCUCUACUCUUAGACCCAGCG